CAGUGAAAAAAAUGUUCGAUUUAUGUAUUAUGUUAACUGUCUUCCGUUUGGUGUUGACAUUAAAUAUUGAAGAAGAAAUUUCAGAAAUCCGUAUGAUAGUUAAACAACAGCAGAUGGAGAUUCUUCAACUUCAAAAUUCAAACCACUUUCUUAUUAAGGAAAACCAUUCCUUCAAAACAGCUAUCCGUCAAUUAGAAGAGGAUAAUCUUUUAAUGCGAAAAGACAUUAAUCUUACAAUUGGAAGUAUUUCGUCCACCGAACAUAGUGAAUUUAAGCAUAACGAGCCGUUAAAGAGAAAAAGGAGCACCACUGGAGAAAACGAUCUACAGAACAGUCGACGAGCACCCGUUGUAGGACCACUGGAUCAUGUAGCAUUCUAUGCCUAUAUGUCGAAAGACGAUCCAAGUUUACUAAAACAUAACCAACUAGUAUUCGAUGUAGUCAAAAUCAACAUUGGAAAUGGCUACCUUAACAAUACUGGAGUUUUCGUUGCUCCAUCGUCAGGUACGUACGUCUUUUCGUGGACACUUUACACCGGUAACCAUGGAGCUACCUAUUAUGACUUGAUGGUAAACGGUGAAAUAUACGGGAGUACAUUAGGUGAAACAGAUGACGUUCCUGGAGAUUUUGAUUCUGAUUCUGGAACUGUUGUGGUUUCUCUUAACACAGGUGAUAACGUUUACUUUCGUUCGAUUAUUCAAACAACAGCCUUCAUUCUAGGAAGAAGAAGCGCAAGGACUUCAUUUUCUGGAUGGAAAUUGUACUGAUAAACUUUUUUCUAUACU